CAUCUUUAGCUCUAUUGCAUCCUCAACCCUCUCGAUUGGCUUCGAGAUCCUUUUCCUCCAACAACUCUAGACAUCCGUCACCCAAUAACAAUAAACCCUCUCCUCUUCUCUCUUGGAUAUUGCAAUAAUGUCUGGCCCAGUUGCUGAUCUCGGCCUUAUUGGCCUGGCCGUCAUGGGUCAGAACCUGAUUCUGAACAUGGCCGACCAUGGUUUCACCAUCUGCGCAUUCAACCGUACCGUGUCCAAGGUCGACCGCUUCCUCGACAACGAGGCCAAGGGCAAGUCCAUCGUUGGUGCUCACUCCACCGAGGAGUUCGUCGCCACUCUGAAGAAGCCCCGCCGUGUCAUGCUCCUCGUUCAGGCUGGCAAGGCUGUCGACGACUGGAUCGAGACUCUCCUGCCCCUCCUCGAGGCCGGCGAUAUCAUUAUUGACGGUGGAAACUCUCACUUCCCCGACUCCAACAGGAGGACCCAGUACCUCAAGACCAAGGGCCUCCACUUCGUCGGCUCCGGUGUUUCCGGUGGCGAGGAGGGUGCCCGCUACGGCCCCUCCAUGAUGCCCGGUGGUGACGAGGCUGCCUGGGCCCCAAUCAAGGACAUCUUCCAGAGCAUCGCUGCCAAGAGCGAUGGCGAGGCGUGCUGUGACUGGGUCGGUGACGAGGGUGCUGGGCACUACGUCAAGAUGGUCCACAACGGUAUUGAGUACGGUGACAUGCAGCUCAUCUCUGAGGCGUACGACAUCAUGAAGCGCGGUCUCGGCAUGUCCAACAAGGAGAUUGGCGACACCUUUGCCAAGUGGAACAACGGCGUCCUGGACUCCUUCCUGGUCGAGAUCACUCGGGACAUCAUGUACUACAAUGAUGAGGAUGGCAAGGCCCUUGUCGAGAAGAUUCUGGACCAGGCUGGUCAGAAGGGAACCGGAAAGUGGACUGCCAUCAACGCUCUCGACCUGGGCAUGCCCGUCACCCUGAUUGCCGAGGCUGUGCUGGCUCGCUGCCUGUCUGCUAUCAAGGAGGAGCGUACCGAGGCCUCGACCAGGCUCGAGUUUGUCGGCCGCGUCAAGGAGUUCGACGGCAGCAAGGAGCAGUUCCUCGACGACCUUGAGCAGGCUCUCUACGCUUCCAAGAUCAUCUCCUACGCCCAGGGCUUCAUGCUGAUGCAGGAGGCCGCCAAGGAGUACGGCUGGAAGCUGAACAAGCCCUCUAUCGCCCUGAUGUGGCGUGGUGGUUGCAUCAUCCGGUCCGUCUUCCUCAAGGACAUCACCAGCGCGUACCGCAACAACCCCGACCUCAAGAACCUGCUCUUCGAUGACUUCUUCAACAAGGCCAUUCACAAGGCCCAGCCCGGCUGGAGAGACGUUGUCGCCAAGUCGGCCCAGCUCGGUAUCCCAACCCCGGCUUUCUCCACUGCACUGUCAUGGUUCGAUGGUUACCGCACCAAGGACCUGCCUGCCAACCUGCUGCAGGCCCAGCGUGACUACUUCGGUGCCCACACUUUCAAGAUCAAGCCAGAGGCUGCCACCGAGAAGUACCCUGUCGGCCAGGACAUCCACGUCAACUGGACUGGCCGUGGCGGAAACGUUUCUGCCUCUACAUACCAAGCAUAAGUCGGAAAUGUCAAUCUGCUAGAUAGAAGUUUGAACCUGUAGAUCGAUUCGCCUUUCCCCCAAGGACGGCCACAUCAAAAGGUGGUACACAGCACUUCGUAAUCGGGUACAGGUACUAAUACAAAAAUAAAGAUUUGCUAUGUUAUGAACAACAACAACC